GUCACAACGUCACAUAGUCCAGCCAGCACUCACCCUGCACCUCCGCCGCAUCUUGGGACUCGCUUUGGUUCGUGUUUCACCAGUUCUCAUUAGAGCUGGCUAUAUCGCUUGUUGCCGCCUGGACGCCGGCAAACACGACUUUAGAGCAGAAACAUAGCUGCCUCGCGCUCCUUCCAAGACAAGCAUCGAAAGCUGGCGCAUUGUGCAACCUCAGCACCGAAAUGAGCUCCGCCGAUUCAGCUUCCGGCAGCGAGAGCGAUGGCAGCUCUACUUCCGCGAGUUCCAGCUCUGGCUCAUCGCUUCGGCAGUCGACUCGGGCUCACCGAUCCAAGGCGUCCGCACAGCAUCUAGACGACGAUGCAAGCGACAAGGAGGAGGAGGAAGACUCUGCAUCAGAGCAAGAGGGUCAAUCUGGCGAUGAAGUGGAUGCCACCUCUUCUGAUCCAUCGAUCAAGCAGGUCGAGGAGCAGACCAAAUCAUUCGCUGAGCUAGGCGUGCAUCCAUCGAUAUGCGAGGCCUGCGAAAGCAUGGGGUUCAAAAAGCCCACCCCUAUCCAAGCCCAAGCCAUACCGGAAGCGCUCGGAGGCCGCGAUAUCAUAGGUCUAGCAGAGACAGGAUCGGGCAAGACUGCCGCCUUUUCUAUACCCUUGUUGAAUGCACUUUGGGACUCGCCAGCUCCCUUUUACGGGCUCAUUCUAGCCCCAACCAGAGAGCUCUGCUAUCAGAUAUCUCAGCAGGUGGAAGGUCUUGGAAGCGUGAUUGGCGUGAGAUGCGCUACGAUCGUGGGAGGAAUGGACAUGAUGGCUCAGAGCAUCGCGCUUGGCAAGAGACCACACGUCAUCGUUGCCACACCUGGUCGUUUGAUGGAUCAUCUGGAGAAUACAAAAGGAUUCAGCCUUAGAGCGCUCAAAUUCAUGAUCAUGGACGAGGCGGAUCGAUUGCUAGAUAUGGACUUUGGUCCCAUCAUUGACAAGCUGCUCCUCGCCAUCCCUAGAGAUAGGACUACCAUGCUGUUCAGCGCCACAAUGACCACUCGCGUAGCCAAGCUUCAGCGGGCCAGUUUGCGCAAUCCUAUUCGAGUGGAAGUGGGCAGCAAGUAUCAAACCGUGUCAACCUUAUCGCAGCACUACCUCUUCAUGCCUUUUGCGCAGAAGGACACCUAUCUGGUUCAUUUGGCCAAUGAGCAAGCCGGACAAUCUGUGCUGGUCUUCACACGGACCGUCCAUGACGCGCAGAGAGUCUCGAUCUUGCUACGGCUGCUUGGCUUCUCCGCCAUUCCUCUGCACGGUCAACUGUCGCAGACGGCGCGAUUGGGUGCACUCAACAAGUUCAAGGCUGGUGGACGAGCCAUUUUGGUGGCGACGGACGUGGCGAGCAGAGGUUUGGAUAUCCCGGCUGUCGACCUGGUCGUCAACUACGACAUACCAACCCAUUCGAAAGACUACAUCCACCGCGUCGGACGCACUGCCAGAGCAGGACGCAGUGGGAGGAGUGUCACGCUGGUCACCCAGUAUGACGUAGAAUUGCUGCAGCGCAUAGAACACGUCAUUGGCCAAAAGCUGACGGAAUUUCCAGGUUGCGAAAGAGAGAUGGUCAUGCUCUUGUCAGAGAGGGUUGGACAAGCUUGUAGGGAAGCCAUCAGGGAGAUGAAGGACUGGAAAGGAUCUGCUGGAGGCGCUGGCAAGAGAAAGAGGAGAGGCGACAAGGAUGACAUGGACAGGGAUGAUGACGAAGUGCAGGCUGGAAUGCCUUCCAGAGGGCGAGGCGGUGGUGGAAGAGGGAGGGGCGGCGGUGGCGGUAGGGGAAGAGGAGGCCAUAAGAAGAGGGGACGACAUUGACACAUAAGCGCAGAAAGCCCUUCCGGUACCGCUCGUGUCUCGCACUCAAAGUGAUUCUGCAAUUCCUCGCUCUCGCCUUCCAUUUCUCCUGUAGCAACUGUCUCGCAAUGUCUCGCAAUGUCACCUUCACACCAUCGGUUCAAGAAGCGCUACGGCAAUUUGCGAUCUUCUUCGCCACGACUGUCGCGAUCGCCCAAGAGCCUCGCAGGCGGGUCGGGGCAGCAUGGGAAGCCAUGAUGACGCCUUUGCGAAGCUUCAUCGGACAGCUCAGAUGAAAGGCGUUCACGAUUGGCCGCGAUGCCGUCCGGGCGCAACACCACCGAUG